AUGGAUCCUGGCAAAGGCAGGGAUUCCCUAACGACCAAGCGGGCGGUCGAGUCGCGGCGGGUGCAGACCGCCCUCGCGGGGCUGAGCGAAGUGGGCGCUGACGAAGGGGCUGACGCCGACGGAGCAGUAGACGAGGAGGAGGCGCGGCUGGCGGGGGUGUUGCACGGCUUGAAAGAGGCGUACCGCGCCAAGGCUCACCAACUCAAGCAGCUCAAGGUGCACGUGGGCGCCUUGCAGGCGAGCUGUGGCGCGGCGCAGUCCGCGUUUGACGCUGAGUUCCGUGCUUGGUGGGCCUCGAUGCGGCAUGCCCACGGCAUGGCCGCCGAGGAUGACGCGCUACGGCGCACAGCCACGCCGCUGCUCGGCGAGGCGCCACCGCCGCCGGCCACCGCCAAGGGCAGCGAGAUUGGGGAUUCGGCCGGCGAGCGGCGCGCGCCCCCGAGCUUGGCACAGCUGCGAGACCCGGAGGCAUCUUUGGCGCUCUUCAGGUCGGAGGUAUGGAGCGAGGCGGCGCGGUCGCGGCGCGAGCGCCUCAAAGCGGAGCUCUCCGAUGCCGUGUCCCAAGCCAAGGAGAGCGGCGCGCUCGUUACGCGCAAGCGGGACCAGGUGGCGAGGCUCAAGGAGUCACUUUCUGCUCAUCUGGGGGCCGGUGGCAGCGCCGCCGACGAAGAGGCGAUUCGAGCAAGGCUAGACGUGGAGAAGGAGGGGUACCGGGACGAGGUGUCGGCCUUGCGAAGCCUCAAGCGACGCGUCGAGGAGCUUCAGGCGUCGCUCGAUGUCCGAAACGACAUCCUCAACCCGCACCCGUCGGCCCGUGCACCGACGGUUGGCACCGCAUCUCCUGAUACCUGA